GAGGCUGUAAGAAUGCUGGUCUUCGCUCUUUCAUGUCGCACUUAGGGACGGAAUCCUAUUAUUUCCAAGUUAACCAGAUGUUAUACUCGAGGCUGUAAGAAUGCUGGUUUUCGCCCUCGUAUGUCGCACUUAGACUGUCUAGCCAAGGAAAAAGUUGGUGAUCGCAAAUGUCCCCUGUUAGGUUUUCCUUCCCUUAAACAUGGUUCUCCGUGGAUAUAUCCUCGAAUUAAGAGCCAAGAUAUCAGUUCUGGUUCUUUUCAUACUGUUAAAUAAGAUAUUCGCUACCGCAAACCCCAGUGACAACCAAAUCCACAAAGAAGUGGCAUUUUACAGAAUACGAAGCACAUCACUAGUGGGCAACAUUACCUUUAUCAAGCCCGUGAAGCGAGAAAUGGACUGUGCUCUCAAGUGUCUGCGAAACUAUCCACAAAGUUGCCUUUCAUUCAACUUUGGAAGGGAUUCGAUCCAUAAGACGUUUACCUGCGAACUCAGUAAUUCUGAAAGGAUCUUGGAGCCAAAUAGGAUGCAAAGCAGAACAGGGUUUGAUUAUCUUGGAGUGGAAAAGGGGUAUCUGUCCAAGUUCUUCCCAUGCUUGACAUUCCCAUGCAGAAAUGGAGGAUCGUGCGAGAAUGGUCCGGAGCUAACGAUGUUUUCGUGCAGCUGUCCCCUGGAGAUUAAAGUGCUUCCUUAUAUUGACAACAAAUGUAACGUUGAUACCAAUAAUAUGACGAUUUACUAUAAACCUGAGGCUAAAGGCGUCUUCCAUGCAGCGGUGACAAGCAAAAGAUAUCAGCUAAAUUAUUACGAGGCCCAAAGGCUCUGUGAAAUAAACAGAGCCACUCUCGCUACAUACGACCAGCUGUUUGCAGCAUGGGAAGUCGGUCUUGAAUUGUGCCUAUACGGAUGGCUUAAUGAUGGAACCCGACGCUAUCCAAUGCAAAAAGUACAUGAUAAGUGUGGAAAGAAGUUAGGCAUCGUAGGAAGCAAUACACCUCAAAACAAAAGUAAAAAGAGCAAUGCUUGGUGCUGGAAAGGUUGACAAUUGGUAGUUGACAAACUCUGGACAGUCUUCAGCGUUACAUGAUUCAAGAAAACUAGUUCAAGAAAUAUUAAUUAACUGUUAUGUUUGCCUGUGAGUUUUAACGUUUGCAAGAAGAACUCAAUCUCGUGCUGUCGACAUAGUCUUCCUACUUCGUGUUUUUCUUUUCUAUUUAUCCCUGACGUGUCUCCAUUCCCUUUGUAUUCUAGAGGUCUUUCCGGACAGCUUAAAUUGUUGUCUUUCAAAAUGAUGACUUACAGUAGCUUAUUCAGUAAAUAAAAAAUUGGUACGAGGGCAAGAUCUGCAUAUUGUUUUUCGCGCGUUUCAAUCGGCGAGCUCCAAGUCGAUUAGCA